AUGUUAGAGGUUGGCCAAAAAAAAAAACCGUACACUCCAAAAUACAAGAAGGAAUGGCAAACUAUGAAUGAAUUUUCAGCUUGGAUUUCCUCAAGCAAAAAGGGUGAAACAUACUUCCAUUGCAAAUUGUGCAAUGGUGAUUUUUUGGGAGGACUCUCUGCAGUACGGAAACAUUCCAAAUCAGAAAAACAUAAGAAGAAUGUCAAGGUAAUUUCCCACACGACUCGUAUCGAUACCAUGUGCAAUACUGCAAAGUUUCAAAGUUUAGAAAACAAAAGGAAAGAGGCGGAAAUUCGUUUAGCUAUGUUUAUAACGGAACAUAACAUAUCUCUCAGAACUUCAGAUCACCUGGUUCAACUUGUAAAAACAUUAGCCCCGGAGUCGGAAGUUCUUAAAAAUGUUUCCUGCAACAGAACGAAAGCCACUUCAAUAGUUAAAAAUGUAGUGGGAAAGUAUGCCUUUGAAAUUCUUGUGUCUAAAAUGAAAGCCCAAUAUUUUUCCAUAAUUAUCGAUGAGUCCACAGAUAAAUCGUCGGUAAAACAUUUGGCGAUUAUAGUCCGUAUGGUAGAUCACAAUCAAUUUAUUGUGAAAGAUGAAUUUGCUUGCCUUCAAGAAAUUUCUAACGCGACUGCUAAUGGAGUGUUUGAGGCAAUUAUGGAUUUCUUUCAAAAGAACAAUAUUCCUUACCAGAAGAAUCUUAUUGGAUUUGCUUCAGACGGUGCUGCUUCAAUGUUUGGAAUCAACCAUUCAGUCAAGACAUUGUUGGAAAAUGAAGUAAAGGGUAUAUUUGUCAUGAAAUGCAUUUGCCAUUCGUUGGCAUUGUGUGCUUCUUACGCUUGUGAGAAAAUACCAAAUUUUGUUGAAGACUUGGUCAGAGAACUUUAUGUGUACAUAAAGUAUAGUUUCAAGCUACAGACAGAGUUUAGUGAAUUUCAAACCUUUGUAGAAAGUAAACCUCUCAAGCUCCUUCAUCCAAGCCAAACUAGGUGGCUCUCGCUGCAUGCUAGUGUAAAAAGAACGAUUGAACAAUAUCAAGCAUUAAAGUUGUACUUCCAAGAACCUUCUCCUGGAAAUUACGACCAAAAAAAAAUAAGAAUGAGCGAAAUCGAUCCAGCCGUUCUCAAUUGA